CUAGGUUUUGCAAUGGAACAGGUAUGGUUGCUGCUCCUGCUGACGAUUAAAGUGCUUCCAGUGACUGCUCAGUUCAAUGGAUACAACUGUGAUGCUAACCUCCACAGCAGGUUUCCUGCUGAGCGAGAUAUCAAUGUUUUCUGUGGAGUACAGACAAUUACUAUGAAGAUAAAUUUUUGCACAGUUCUUUUUUCUGGUUAUUCCGAGACAGAUCUGGCACUGAAUGGGAAACAUGGGGAUGCCCACUGCAGGGGCUUCAUCAAUAACAACACCUUUCCAGCAGUGGUCAUUUUCAUCAUCAAUCUGAGUACCUUGGAAUCUUGUGGAAACACUUUAGUGGUAUCCUCAGCUCGAGGUAUCAAUGCUUAUGGAAAUACCUCAGUGGUACAGAUAGGUAAUGUUUCAGGCUACAUUGAUACACCAGACCCACCAACGAUUAUCAGCUAUUUGCCUGGGCUCCUGUACAAAUUUAGCUGUAGCUACCCACUGGAGUACUUGGUUAACAAUACCCAGCUCGCUUCGUCGUCAGCUGCUAUUUCUGUAAGAGAGAACAAUGGUACAUUUAUCAGCACUUUGAAUUUGUUGCUUUACAAUGAUUCAACCUACAGCCAGCAACUCCUUAUUCCAAGUACAGGUUUACCUUUGAAAACCAAAAUAUAUGCAGCUGUGAGAGCAACCAACCUUGAUGGCAGGUGGAAUGUUUUGAUGGACUACUGCUACACCACACCAUCUGGCAAUCCUAGUGAUGAUCUUCGAUAUGAUCUUUUUUUCAGCUGUGACAAGGAUCCGCAGACGACCAUAAUUGAAAACGGCAAGAGUCAAAUGGGCCGGUUUUCCUUUGAGGUGUUUCGCUUUGUGAAGCACAAGAACCAGAAGAUGUCCACGGUCUUCCUGCACUGUGUGACAAAGCUGUGCAGAGCAGAUGACUGCCCCUUCCUCGUGCCAAUCUGCAGUAACAGAGAAAGAAGAGACACUGGUGGAAGGACAACUUGGCGCCCUCAGAGCACAUCUGGCAAUGCUGUAAUCUCUGCUGGCCCCAUCAUUACAAGGAGUGAUGAGACGCCAACCAACAAUUCAGAGCUUGCUCACCCAAACGGACCUCCUUUCCAGAUGAACACAGUCACCAGCGCGCUGAUUUCAGGCAUUGUUGUCCUGGGAAUUUCCAGCAUUUUCUUUUUUGUAUGUUCUCUAACCCUUCUGCACAGAAACUGGCCCAACACUUCAGUCCUGAGCGGCAUCCGGAACCCAGUUUUCAACUGA